GCGGCUGCCUUUCCAUGAGCCGCCACUCAGGGCUUGGCAAGGAGGUGGGAGUUAAGAAAUAGUUUGCGAGUGAAGUUCUCGCCUGCCUUUUCCCCUGCCGGAGCUGGAAAGUUCCUGGUUUUAAACGGAACUGUUUGUUCGGAUUUGGUGUGCCGUUUCGGAGAAGGACUGGGGGCGUUUGCGCAGCCCAUGUGGAGAACCCGAUUGUGAAAGCUUUUCCAGCUGGAGGCAUUAAGGGGAGGAUGUAGCCAGUCUGAGAAUGGGGCUUUUCACCAAGAGGAGAUCACAAUGGCCAGAGAAGAUUCAGUGAAGUGUUUGCGUUGCCUGCUUUAUGCCCUCAAUCUGCUCUUCUGGUUGAUGUCCAUCACUGUGUUAUGCGUUUCCGCCUGGAUGAGAGACUACUUGAAUAAUGUUCUCACUUUAACUGCAGAAACAAGAGUGGAGGAGGCAGUUGUGUCUACUUAUUUUCCAGUUGUCCAUCCAGUCAUGAUUGCAGUUUGCUGUUUCCUUAUCAUUAUUGGAAUGCUGGGAUAUUGUGGAACAGUGAAAAGAAACCUUUUAUUGCUUGUAUGGUAUUUUGGAAGUUUGCUCGUGAUAUUCUGCGUUGAACUGGCCUGUGGUGUUUGGACCUAUGAACAGGAAAUUACAGUCCCUGUACAGUGGUCAGAUAUGGUCACUUUAAAAGCCAGAAUGAUAAAUUAUGGCUUACCUCGUUAUCAUUGGCUUACCCAUGCUUGGAAUUUCUUCCAGAGAGAGUUUAAAUGCUGUGGAGUGGUGUAUUUCACGGAUUGGCUGGAAAUGACAGAGAUGGAUUGGCCUCCUGACUCCUGCUGUGUGAGGGAAUUCCCAGGAUGCUCUAAACAGGCACAUCAUGAAGAUCUUAGCGACCUUUACCAGGAGGGUUGUGACAAAAAGAUGUACUCAUUCCUGAGAGGAACUAAGCAGCUGCAGGUGCUUCGAUUUCUAGGAAUCUCCAUUGGGGUUACCCAAAUUUUGGCUAUGAUCCUCACUAUUACUUUGGUGUGGGCUCUCUAUUACGACCGCCAGGAUCCAAGUGCAGAUCAAAUGCUGUCUUUGAAGAACGAUGCCACCCAGCACCUGUCAUGUCAUUCUGUGGAGUUAUUAAAACCCAGCCUGACAAGGAUCCUUGAGCACACUACUAUGGCAAACAGCUUCAACACACACUUUGAAAUGGAGGAACUGUAGAGCAAUCAGCCAAUUUGUGAUUUCUCCAGUUUGAAUAUAGCCAUCUUUAUGAAUCCUGGACACUGCAUUUUAAUACAGCUGCCACAGAAAAGAAAAGUGGGCAGGGAAUGAAGAUGCUCUUAAGGAAGGACAAUUAAUUGUUUUUCUUUUUUCAUAAAACUUGUUCUUGUUACAGUUGUAAUACUAAAAAUAAUUGUUUUAUAGAGUAAUGACAAAUGUAUCCUUCAUUCUCCAUGAGAUUUUAUGCACCAUGUAGAAGAUAGAUCACUAGUCUCAUACUAUUGAGUGAAAAAAAUAGGCAGGAAUAAUGUUAGGGCUCUCACCUAUUUGAAGUUUUCACUUCAACAAUUCUGUUAGAUUGAGGAUGGACAACUUGUUCAGUGCUGAAAGCCCUACAGAUAAUAGGGCCAUAGACAAUCAGUGUGUACCAGUUAUGUAUAAUUUAAGUAAUUUUUCCAUUUCAUUUUCAAGGAACAGUAACUGGCAAGCCACAACUCUUGAACAUGUUGCAUUCAGAUAUGCUUCCUCUGCAGUUGUUAAUCAUAGCCAAGAAAACCCUGAACUCAGAUCUUCCAGAAUCUAAAAAAAACAAAACAAAACUGAAAAUACUACAAUUUUAUCAGUUUAAUAAAGCACACAGUGUUGGAUGUGAGAAAAAUAAUUCACAGUAGCACUGUGGUCAUGGAUACACUGAUGUGAACGCUCAGCAAUAUACUGUGUACAGAGUGUUAGGUUAUAUGGUAUAGCAGAUGUAUAGUUUACAUUUGGAGUGUGACUAUCAGUGAAAUCCAUGCAUGAAAUCCUGUUACGUAGCAGUGUACCACUUGCAAACACACCUGUGUAAAAGGUGACACUUUGGAUCUUCCCUCUUGUUUGUGCAUUACAACAUCUAGGACAUCAGUGGAACAUUUCUUUGGAACAUCAAAGUCUCAUAGCCUGCAAGCAAACAAAAAAUUGGUUUGUCCCACUAAGGCACAGAAAUUGCUCAAGAAGAACCUAUUACAACUCUUCUUACAAAAUAAUUGUGGUAAUUGACUAAAAGAUCAGGGAUAGACAUGUAUAUAAUAAAGUGUGUGUAUGUACAGUAGAAUUGCUAUCUGUAUGGAAGUUUGGGUUUUUGUAAAGAAGAUAAUCUUAUUGUAGCAUCACUUUUCUUUAAGGAAAUAUGUGAAACAUUUAAUUUUUAAUGACUUAUUAAUUUUCAAAUUAAAUUAUGUGGACUAAAGAAAAAUUACAUAUUAAUACCUAAGUGUACUUGUUAUAUUUGACAGGUUCGUGUGUAUGUGUCUGUAUGUCUGUGUGUGUAUAUAUAAAUAUAUAUAUAUGAAUGAUUCACUUUUAAGGAGAUAAUUCUAUUCAUAUGUGUGUUUGCUAGAACUCAACUCAAUUUACUAAAGAGAGAACCUAUACUGUUUCCAAAGAAAAGCUCCUUGGAGAAGUAUUUCAAUUUUUCUCCUACCCUACUCACUUUUCAGUAAGAAUUUGAAGCAUGAUCUCUCCAGUUAACUGUCCCACUGAAAUCAAUGAGAAUAAUGCAUACUUAACUUUGCUUAGACUUUAUCCUUAACUUUCUGGAAUUUUAUAUUAGUGUAUGAUUUGGCUUAUUUAAAUAAUGUGGAAGUAUCUCUUUCGUAGGAAGUUUUCUAUGGAUCACCUGUUACCUGGCGCAUAUUUUCAUCAGGAUUUACAUGGUUGAUUUGGGGAAAGGGAGUCUAGUAGGUGCCUAGCAGUAGAUACUUAGUAUAGACAGUCUUUUGUACUAUUUCAAUUCUGUGAUCAGCUCAAACAUAUUGCUGCUCAAGGAAACCAUGAUUUGCUAUAGUGUAAACACACAACAUCUACAUCUACAUCUUCGUCUUUCCCUUCUCCUCUAGUAAACAUGGUUUAAAAGAAGACUUCAUGGCUUGUUGAGUUUUUCACAGUCUCUAAGAAGCUGUAAUUUAAAUACUGUCUACAAAUCAGGAUUGUAAACCACAGUUUCAACUUCAGUUUGCAAAUCAAGAUUGUAGAGAGAAUGCAAACCACAUUUUCCAGUUUAAUCAUCAUGGGAAAUUGUGAUUUAAUAAAAUUGUGACUUAAUAAACCCAGAAGUUUAUAAGCUGAAUGUGAGAAAAGGCAGAAGGGGAAAGUGAAGAAGGAGAGGUUGAUCUCAUGACAGUACUUAUAUCUGCAUUUAUGAUUCUGUAACUACAGAUCAUGGAUUAGCUGCUCUGUGGGCUAAACAACAGGUUACUUUGGGACAUAACUACAAACUAUGUUUUUUUUCUUCUUCUACUGUAGAGAAUAUGCAUGGGAGCCAAUCCAGAUUGGGAUUCUGAUGUAGGAGGGAAAAGAGAUUAAACUGUUUAUGCAAUAUUCUGAUUUGAACAUCUUGAGCCAAAAAAGGGCUUCAAUGGAUAACUUUUUAAUAAACCACUUUUUGGCAAUUAAAAUGGAAAUGAUGAGAGACAAAUUGGAACCACAUCAAAGCCCCCUUCAAUAAGAGAUAUCCAGAUCCAGAUUAGGUUCCUUGUGUAUAUGCAAUAUAAAUCUGCUAGCUUUAAUUUUAAAGUAAUGUGAAGUUUUGUCCUUAUUUAUGCAAUUAAAGACAGCAUCUUUAUAGAUUGCAAGAAAAAAAAAAUGUUGCAUCUAUUUUUCAUGUUGAAUAUUGGUGGCUUAAGUUGCCAUAUUUAUUGAAUUCUGAAAAGUGCAUCAUACUGUAUUUUAUAUGUACUACAGAAUUUUUUUUUUUUGACUAGCUAUAUUACUGUUCUGCAUUUGAUAAGCAGUCAGUUCAAAUGACUGGGUAUCCUGAGAGAUACAGCCUGGGUGUCAAAGUUAGACAACCCCAUGUUGUUCUUUGCAAGCUGAAGGUAGACGAGGAUACGUGGGCUGGGCUGAAGCAAAUGCUUGGAAACUCUAGCCCCAGGAGCUCUUAAGUGGUUGACCAUGUGAUUAAUCUCUCAAGCAUGAUGUAUUGAACUUGUGAAGUUCCUUUAUUCUUACACAAUUCACAUCAGUAAAAGCAAAGCAUGAAAGUGCCAGGAUAAAUGGGAGUUUGUACUCUUGUGAUUUUUAAAUGCUCCCAGCUUGCUGUGGACUUAAUUUUGGCAAGGAAAAGAAAAUACUAAUGUGAUCAGCAAUAAAACUACUGCUAUCUUUUAUAUUGUCUUGUUCAUUC